UCUCUCUUUUCUCUCUUCUCUCUCUCUCAGGACAAAGGUUUGUGACUCUUCUCCUCAUUCUCUCUGUUCUGCGCUCUGUUUUCUCUCUAUCGCUGAGAAACAGGAAAAAAAGAAAUGAGAUAAAAGAGAGACGCGUAUAUACACUGCAUAGAAAGAAAGAAAGAAAGAUAAAUACACAAGAAGUAAUCCAAGGCAUAUAUAUAUAUAUAUAUAUAGAUAUUGCAGUCUUCUUUGAAAGAGGCAUGGGCUGUUUCUCUUGUUGCGGUGAUCCAUCAAUAGAUAAAAAGGGGAAAAAGAGAAGCGCGACGAGCAAAAGGGGCGAAAACAAGCGGGACGAUCAAGCGCAGCCGGCCUCGGAUACACCAAGGGUGAGCCCGUUAAAGGGUGUGAAGGAGGAGCCUAAUGAUGCAAACCAAUCUACCUCUGGCAAGGAAGAGGGUUGCUGUCAAAGGAAUUCUGGAGAUGUGGAUACAGAGAAUAUCAAGGCAAGGCCAUUUAAUUUUUCCGAAUUGGUGGCUGCCACAGAAAACUUCAACCUGGAAUACUUUUUGGGUGAAGGAGGAUUUGGCAAAGUUUAUAAAGGUCGACUGGUAGAUACCAGCGAGGAGGUAGCUAUUAAGCAACUUGAUCGCAAUGGAUGUCAAGGGAUUAGGGAAUUUGUUGUUGAAGUGUUGACCUUGAGUAUGGCAGACCACCCUAAUCUUGUUAAGCUAAUUGGUUAUUGUGUGGAGGGUCCACAAAGACUCUUGGUUUACGAGUAUAUGCCUCUUGGUUCAUUGGAAGACCAUUUACAUGACCGUCGACCAAGUAGAAAGCUUCUUGAUUGGAAUACAAGAAUGAAGAUAGCCGCUGGUGCAGCAAGAGGCCUUGAGUAUUUGCAUGACAAGAUGAAGCCUCCUGUGAUAUACCGUGAUUUGAAAGGCUCCAACAUCUUGCUCGGGGAGGAGUUUCAUCCCAAAUUAUCUGAUUUUGGCUUGGCCAAGGUUGGUCCAAUUGGAGACAAAACCCACGUCUCCACCAGAGUAAUGGGCACAUAUGGGUACUGUGCACCAGAUUAUGCUAUGACUGGUCAAUUAACAUUCAAAUCCGAUAUAUACAGCUUUGGGGUUGUUCUACUGGAGCUCAUCACCGGCAGGAAAGCAAUCGACAACACGAAAUGUUCUGCAGAGCAAAAUCUUGUCGCAUGGGCACGGCCAUUGUUCAAAGACAGGAAGAAAUUCUCGGUGAUGGCAGACCCAGCGCUCCAAGGUCAUUAUCCAGUGAGGGGACUAUACCAGGCGCUAGCAAUAGCUGCAAUGUGCGUGCAGGAGCAACCGAACAUGAGGCCUCUGGUGGCUGAUAUAGUGACCGCUUUGAAUUACCUGGCCGCCCAAGAGUACGACCCACAAAACCCGCCAUCUCAAGCCUCCCGAAGAACGUUGUCUUCUUACAAGUCCAUAAGCGAUGCCGAGAAGUUUUCUAAUCCCUGUGAUGUGGUGGAAAAGAGUGAGAGAGAAGAUUGAAAGGACACACCAUUUUCUCUGCAAAUGGUGAAAGGCUUUGCCUGGUUAUCAGUUUUGUGCAACAUUUGAUGAUAACAGGCAGGCUGCUCGAAAAUCAUUGGAUCGAGCUUUCUUUUUGCACGAGCAAAUGUGAUUUUAGGACUUUGACACCAACAAUAAAAAUUACAAAAAAAAAAAGGGUAGGAACUUCUCUAUCUUUAAGAAAUUUGAUAUACAAAAAAUGAUUGAUGACA